AUGACGAAGAAAGAGAGUGAACUGGGAGAAAACCUACCCACAAAACGCACAGCAAGGAAAAUUUUUGGAACACAGCAAAUCAGUGAAGACGAUGCUUCAAGCCUUGUUGGAGGCAUAGUCGAAAAGGGUUUUUCAGAUAAUCCUCAGUUCAGGCCAACAGGACCAUCAUACGCGCCUCGCCCAACCGUUCUUCCUUUUCCGGUGGCCCGCCACCGUUCUCACGGCCCACAUUGGUCUGCAAAGGUUGGGGGUUCUAAUGGUAUUGAUGAGGAAGAUCAGGAAGAUUUUACAGGGAUGAACAUGGCUGCCACUUUUGCUAAUCCAGUACAAAGGAAAGAGAAGAUAAAUUUGGAUUUUAGCUGGUUGCGAGAGACAAUGAACAAAAAUGGUGGUUCCGUCCCUUAUGAGAAGAAAAGGCAAGGGCAUAUAAUUGGGUCGAAAGAGUGGAAAGGGGGUAAAGAAGCAAAUAAAAAAAUUUCUGAUGGCUCAGGCAGGCGGAUCCUUACUCAGGAUGAUGCCCUGUUAAAUAGAACUGACUUUGAUGCAAAAGAGAAGGAUGUAACUAUGGAGGACGAGGUUUCCAUAAUCCCAGAAGAGGUCAAAGAGAAAAAGCAAGACAUAUUGGCAAUGGCCAUAGAUGACGGUCAAGGUAACUUUAAAUGUAGUACUGCUGAGAAUUUUGUCCAAACGAAGGAAAGGCCAAGGGGUGGGAUCAUUCAAGCUCGGGAAGGUUUUAAGGGGAAUAUGGAGCCUCAACUGCAGAAUAGGUCAAUUAAAGAUAUUGAAGUGGAUAUGGAGAUGCUGGUAGAUGAACAAGCGGCCACAAGUCUAGAAAGUCAAAUUGAUCUUGAAAAUCGUGCUCGAUUGGAGAAAAUGUCCGCCGAUGAGAUAGCAGAGGCGCAAAGUGAGAUAAUGACAAAGAUGAGUCCAAAAUUAAUAAAUGCAUUAAGGAAAAGGGGCCAAGACAGGUUGAAGAAACAGAAGAUUUCUGUCUCAGAUAUUGGUACUAAUGGCUCAUCAGGCACUGAGCAAAAAAGAAAAAAUCUGAUUAACGAACCUGCAAUGUCUGGUGCUAGUAGUAGCUCCCACGAGGUUCUGAAAUCCUCUUCUGAGGACUCACUGAUAGAUAAAGAUGAUAAGGUCGUUCCAAAUUUGAGCUCAAAAGGUAGCAGCUUGUGGGAUUCUUGGAGCAAAAGAGUUGAGCGUGUCAGAGAUCUAAGAUUUAACUUGGAUGGGGACGUUGUUAAGCCUGAUUUUACUCAGGUAUCAGAUGCUGGUAAUAUGCGAGCUCAUAGUGGAUAUAGUGCAGAUAACGUCUCUGAACGUGAUUUUCUUCGAACUGAAGGUGACCCUGGUGCUGCUGGUUAUACCAUCAAAGAAGCAGUGGCUCUAACUAGAAGUGUGGUUCCAGGGCAAAGAGCUCUUGCUUUACAUCUGAUUGCAUCUCUCCUUGAUAAGGCAAAUUGCAGUAUAUACCAACGGCAAGUUGGUUGUAAUAUGAAGUUUGCUGAGGCUGAUGGGUCUAUUGACUGGGAGGCUAUAUGGGCUUUUGCCCUUGGUCCAGAACCUGAGCUUGCUUUAUCGCUAAGAAUAUCUCUUGAUGAUAAUCAUAAUUCUGUUGUACUGGCUUGUGCCAAAGCCAUUCAGUCUGUGCUAAGCUGUGAUAUAAACGAAAACUUCUUCAAUAUCUCAGAGAAAAUACCAACUUAUUCACAGGAUCUUUUUACUGCACCUGUAUUUAGAAGUAAACCCGAUAUUUUUGCUGGUUUUCUUCGUGGUGGCUUUUGGAAGUAUAACACGAAGCCUUCUAAUAUUCUACAUCUUGACGAUGAUCCCAUAGAUGAUAAAUCUGAAGAUGAACACACCAUUAAGGAUGACAUUGUUGUUGCUGGGCAGGAUAUUGCUGCAGGCUUGGUUAGGAUGGGAAUUCUUCCAAGGAUAUGCUAUCUCUUAGAGACAAGCCCUUCGGCACCUUUGGAAGAAUGUUUAAUAUCCAUUCUCAUUGCAAUAGCAAGGCACUCCCCAACAUGUGCAGCGGCAAUUAUUAAUUGUGAUAGGCUUGUUCAGACAGUUGCCGACAGAUUUGCUGCGAAUGAACAGAUUGAAAUAUAUCCCUGCAAGAUAAAAUCUGUGAAGCUCUUGAAAGUGUUGGCUCGGGUUGAGAAAAAGAACUGCAUAAUGUUGAUCAAGAACGGGAUUUUUCACAAGGUGACAUGGCAUUUGUAUCGAUAUCCAUUCUCUCUCGACCAAUGGGUAAAAUCUGGAAGAGACGUUUGUAAACUUUCAUCAGCUUUGCUGGUUGAACAGUUACGUUUCUGGAAGGUUUGCGUUCAGUUCGGAUAUGGCAUUUCUCAAUUUCCUGAUUUGUUUCCUUCAUUAUCCAUUUGGCUGAAUGUACCUACGUUUCCCAAACUAAUUGAAAAUAAUGUCAUAAUUGAAUUUGCUGCCAUCACCAAAGAAGCCUACCUUCUUCUGGAUGCUUUAGCUAGCAGGCUUCCCAAUUUCUAUUUACAGAUGCAUCAAGGAAUGGAGGUUACAGCUGAAGAUACGGAGGUUUGGUCAUGGAGUCAAGUUGGUCCUAUAAUUGAUUUAGCCAUUGAGUGGACAAAAGUAAAUAGCAUUCCAUAUAUAUCCAGAUUCCUAGACUGGGAUGAAGAUGGUGGAUAUUGUAUUUUGCAGGAUUCAGAAGUAAAUUGUUUGUUAUGGAUUAUUUCUUCUGUUAUGCAUAUGUUAUCCAGUGUGCUCAAAGCUGCCACCCCAGAGGAUGCAACGAGUUUGUACAAUGGGCAUGUGCCAUGGCUGCCGGAGUUCGUACCUAAGAUCGGACUUGAAAUUAUUAGAAAUGGAUUUAUGAGCUUUUCAGGGCUAGUUGGUACGUCUGAUGAUAACAAUGCUGGAAGUGGCUCCUUCCUUGAGUAUCUGUCUCACCUGAGACUAAAAAGUGGUCGUGAAACAUCAAUAUCUUCUACAUGUUGCCUUCAUGGAUUGGUACAGGUAGUUGCUUCUGUGGACAAGUUGAUCCACCUUGCUAAACACGAGUUUCAUAAUGCACCAGCUGAAUAUCAAAAAAUUUCAAGGGAUGAAAAAAUUCUCGCAGAUGGGAUACUUCACUCCUCUGUGGUUGAAUUAGGCGUUUUGCUGUCUUCUUUUAUGAAGUUAAUUGCCAAUGGUUGGCAAUGUAUACGGUCCAUUGAAAUGUUUGGAAGAGGGGGGCCAUCUCCAGGGGUAGGCGUGGGCUGGGGUUCUCCUGGUGGAGGGUAUUGGUCUACAACAACUUUAUUGGCUCAACAAGAUGCGAGACUGGUUAUGUACUUGCUUGAAAAUACUCAGAAUGCCUUUACCAAAGAUCCAUCAACAGAUGAAGAGGUUCCUGUUCUGAAGUAUCUCGAUUUUGGUAUACGCCAGUUUCUUUCUCGUAGAGAAGGAUUCAAACCCUUUGGGUGGAAAUAUGAAGAAGAGGAGUACCUGCUGUUUGCCAAUGUUUUGGCUACACAUUUCAGAAACAGAUGGCUCAGUGUAAAGAAGAAAUUAAAAACUACUGGCAACCACAAUCAUGUUAAUUACAAAAGACACAAGAAAGGUAGUCUUCCUCUAGAAACUAUUCACGAGGAUACAGAUAGACCACUCAUGGUUGGUCAAGGGCCAACUUCCUUGAUAAUGGAGUGGGCUCAUCAGAGAUUGCAUCUUCCUAUACAUUGGUUUCUCAGUGCAGUAUCAACUAUUCAGUAUGAGAAAAACACCGAUAUUCCUGUAGACUUUCUUGAAGUUGCUAGAGGUGGACUUUUUUUCCUCCUAGGAAUUGAAGCAAUGUCUACUUUCGUUGCUGCGGAGUUCCAGUCUCCUGUUGGUAGUAUUCCGAUUGUCUGGAAAUUGCACGCUUUGUCUGUCACCUUACUUGGUGGAAUGGGUGUUCUUGAAGAAGAAAAGAGUAGGGAUGUUUUUGAAACUUUGCAAGAUGUCUAUGGGCAAGUCCUUGAAAAAUUCAAUAUGGAGUCGCUUUGCUUCCAGUCGGAGAUACAUGAGAGUUACUCUACAUUCGUAGAAACUCUUGUGGAGCAAUUUGCUGCUGUGUCUUAUGGUGACAUGGUAUUUGCUCGGCAAGUUGCAAUCUAUUUGCACAGACGUGUCGAAGCUCCUGUAAGGCUGGCUACAUGGAAUGCUUUAUCUAAUGCACGAGUUCUUGAACUUUUACCACCUCUGGAGAAGUGCAUUGCUAAGGGUGAUGGUUAUCUUGAACCUGUUGAGGAUGAUGAAAGAAUCUUGGAAGCUUAUGUGAAAUCAUGGGUUUCUGGUGCUCUUGACAGAGCAGCAACUCGAAGAUCAGCAACAUUCACAUUGGUUCUACACCAUCUUUCAUCUUUCCUUUUUGAGAAUGUUUGUGAUAGUACACGCACACUCCGCAAUAAGUUAGCAAGAUCUCUGCUGCGUGACUGUCCUCGUAAAGAGCAACGUCAGAACAUGUUGAUGGAAUUAAUACAGUACAAGAAGUCGGUCCCUCAUGCAGAGCCCAUAUCAAAUGUAGCUUCUUCUCUACAAAUCUGUGUAGGAAAGAGGUUCCAAUUAUUGAAAGAAGCUUGUGAAGGAAACUCCUUGCUUAUAACUGCAGUGGAGGAGCUGGAGUCCUCAACACACUUGCAUAUAGAGGGCAUGAGAUUAUCUUAG